AAGUGUUUGGUAUGAAAAAGAUUCAUUUUAUCAUGCUGAAUAAUGUUUUCAGAUUUCCCAUCCACCGUGCACAAAACUCUGUGCAGACUGUAGGGUAUUACGUUGCAUCAUUUUUGGUACUGAGAUUCAAUCUAUAUAAUCCAAAGACCAUUAAUAGCUCUUCUGCAAAAGCAAAACUUAUUUUGUUAAGGGAAAAGCUCGGAGAAAACUAAAAUAUUCGUACUUUUAGUGGUUUUAAAAUAAACUUCAUAGAAAUGCUGCCUGAAUUUUGGGUGAGCCUGCACGCCCGCAAUUUAAAGUUGACUUUACCUUCGUGAUCAAAGUGUAAACAAACGUGAAUCCAUGGAGUUGAAACGAAGCUAAAAACAAAUAAUUUCAGAGUCAUUUAUCAAACAACGGCGGGCUAAGCGCAUUCGUUUAUCCGCGGAUAGAAACGUACGUCUGAGAAAGUUUUUUCUCGCAAAAACGCGAAAUAUACAGGUGGCCGAAAAUGGGAGUACAACAUUUAGAGAUGCGAAGAAUGAUCGAUUCUGCCUUGGGACAUCCCGAGAAAGGAAUUGUCAAUUUAAACAUUCUCCACUCACUUCUUCACGAAAUACUUAAUCAUCUGGACAAAAAGACAUCGAAUAACGACGCUGCAGGUUCUGGAAAAGACGAAAUCGAUUUUUUAUCGGAAAGGAAACCGUAUCAAUCGGACGCAAAUAUAGACCCCGCGAAGAACGGUGAAGAGACCUCAAACGGGAGUAUUGGGAUGACAGGAAGCAAAGAAAAUCUUUCGAGCAGUGAAUCAUUGAAUGAGUUUGAAGCAAGACUGGCCUCCAUUGAAGCAAAGCUUAGUACCUUAGAAAAUCUGUCAGUAGACAAAUCCUUUCUUGCGCAAAGUGCAAACUCAGAUGAUAGCCAUACUACAGCUCAGGAUAAAAAAGAAAAUGCAUUAGCUAUGAUGUGGAAAUACAUGAAAAUACAGAAAAGAGUUCAAGCGACUGAAGAAGCAGUUGAGAAAGUCAUGAACAUUCUGAAUGAUGUGAUUGAGGAUGUUGGGCAACUAAAGAAUGUUAAGUCCAAUCUUGAGGAGUUACGCAAGGAACAAAUGAAAAUGUCAGGAGCGUUCGACACUUUAAAAAGUGGUGGAGAGUUGACAUCAAAUUCAAAAAGGAAGUUGGAUCAUUCGGACGAGGUUGCAUUCAAGAGUGAUCUUGCACCGUUUGUCACAUGGACAGCUCUGGAACAAGCUUUGAACAAAAGAGAAGUUGAAGCAAAAGGGGUUGUAACAGCAGAUGAUGGUGGAGAAGAACAUGUGAUGCUGGAGAGACCAGACACUGAACCCGUAACACCGAGUUCACGCGAUGUUCCUGUGGAUCAUGAACCCCCGACGACUGCAAUGAGUCCAAAGGAGGAUACCAAGCAUACAGGUGAAAACCCCGAUGAAUCAAAGCCGUUCGUUGCAAAAGAGGCACCGUUGUCGUCGAAAGAAAACAGUCUUAGUGAAAUAUCCUUAAAUCUUGAUGAGAAUAUGAUCUCGCAGGAAGAAACCAAGGACGCUAUCACAACUGAUAAACCUUCACCGGAAUUGCUGAACCAGUUAAACAGGAUUGGUGAACUGCCGAAACAGUACGAUGAUGUAGCCGUCCAGGUAUCCAUGAUGUCUGAAUUACAAACAAAGCUUGCUAGUGAUGUGCAUAAAGUUGAAGUAGAUAUUCUGCCAAGAAAAGUCGACAAGGAAGACCUACAGUUACCCGAAAAUCUGGUCGAGCAAAUUAGCAUGCUAAAACAAGGUCUUGAUAUGUUAAACACAAACCAAGAUCUGAAGAUGUUGGCAACUAUCAAAGAAACUUCAAUAAAAAAUAAAGAAAACAUCGACAACAUAAGAGGUGAACUGUCAAUGCUCUCGCAGCAUCUCAAAAGACUUGACCAGCUCCGUGAAGUUAAGCCACAGGAAGAUAACGUUCCCAGCUAUGAUCGGGAGGUAUUGAAUUCUGUCCGGGAGAAGUUGAACAGCGUUGAACAAGACCAAGAGAAAAUGGUUUUGAAGAGUAAAGAAGAUAUUGAUAAGAUUCUCGAGAAUUUAGAUGAAAAACAACGAACAAUUGAUGGUUUAUUCCAAUAUGUUGAGCGACUACAAGAGAGGAAAGCAGAUCGUGAAAACGUGGCCAACGAGAUGGACAUCAAAGCUGACAAGCACGCUUUGGAAGGCAAAGUCAACCAAAGCACUUUUGAUGAAACUUUCCAAAUGUUCGAUAGAGGUUUACAGGAAGCGUUGCAAAAGAUGGAAGAUUAUAUGAACGAAGAAAUGGCGCUCAAAGACACUCUUUCGAGGAUUUCGCGGGAGAUGGAAGGAAAGAUCGACAAUGAUUCUCUACAAAUGAUGAAAAAUUACUUUGAGAAACAAAUCAAAGAUGUUCAGGAUUCACGUGAUAAGAUUGUGCGCGAAACACGCGUGGACGCAACCGCAAAUGCUGCCGGAGUCCGCCGUAAACUUCCGAUUCAUUAUCAUUGCAUCUCAUGCAACAGGCCGGUGGAGUUGGCGGUUCGUGAUUCGGAACCAACUUUACCUGAGAGCGAGAGUUUGCCUCUUAGAAGAAUGAAAAUUCCUUUUACCUCGUACGACGUAGAACAGUUACGUCAAAAGUCAAUGAAGAAUGGUCAAAAUGCAGAGGAAAGCACCGCAGCUAUACGAGAUCUUGUAUCAGGAAGACCUUGUGGUGGUAGUCAUACUCUCAUCAACUCCCACCUCAGAAAGUCCACGAAAGUUCAUCAGUAUAAUCAAGCUAUGUCAGUUCGAGAAGAUUCACGCUAUGUUCCAAAACUUGUGCGUGAAGUCUCCGUACUUGACUUUUUGCGUGGUUCUGAUGGUCAUUAUUACAAAGGACGUUCAAAACAGCUGCUGCCUGCAAUCCCGAGACGUGCUAAGUAUCCUAGUAACGCUGACGUGAGCCCGGACACGGGCUCAUAUGUAGCCAGCGGCCCGUUACAAGACGAGCCAUCUCAAACAACUGACAGAGAGAAGACAGGAACACAUUAUUUUGAACGUACGCCGUCACCCCCCGUUCAGGACAAUCUGUCGUCAUCCUAUCCUGAAAUAUCGGAUCCAAAGUCCACUCAUAUCCAGGGUCAACGUUACAGCUCGGACGACAUCAACUUGCCCUCAAAUACUGCGCUUAACAGAGAGUCGUUGAAGAUAUUUCGUCGAAAACGUGGACAAGAAAAGGAUUCGAGACGAGAGCGUUGCUGGGAUGGUCAGUUGACAAAAGAAGAAGGCACUGAAUCAAACGAGUCAACGAGUCCAAAGAGUAUGAAAAGAACAACACCGCUUGGAGAAGAACAGCCUCGAAUAUCUUCGCCUGCAGGAUCACCUCAAAAACCGCAAGGCAUACACAACGAUACAACAGGGGAUAUAUCUAGGGUAAAAGACAGUGACAAGGAGCAUUAAGCGACGUCUGUUUUAAGCUGACUGCGUCACGCUGCUGUGCCUGACGACAGUAGAAAAUAAACGCAAAAAAAGUGGUUUAUUUAAGUUAUUUAAGGUUGUAACAUGGCUACCCUGUAUUUCAGGCAGUUUCUGUGUUGUCAACGACAGUGUAAAUAUAAAAGUAUUAAACAUCUUCAUAGUUCAAGCGAUAACAUUUGCCAAAAGUUGUGAGACUGUAGCAUUGAACUAAAAUAGAUAUAUAGUUCAAUGGACUGUUA